AUGGCUGCUGGAGACGGCGAGCCGGUGCUACAGUUGAAGAGCGUGUGCGUUGUGGGGGCCGGCAUGGCCGGCUUGGCGGCGGCGCGCGAGCUGCGGCGGGAGGGUCACGCGGUCACGGUCAUGGAGCAGAGCAGCGACGUCGGCGGGCAGUGGCUGUACGACCCCAGGACGGACGUCGUGGACCCGCUCGGCGCCGUGGAGCCGGUGCGCGUGCCAAGCAGCAUAUACGCAUGCCUUCGUCUCACCAGCCCGCGGGAGGUCAUGGGCUUCUCCGACUUCCAGUUCCUGCCCCGGGAGGGCGCCGGCCGCGACCUGCGCCGCUACCCCGGCCACCGCGAGCUGCACUGCUACCUCCGGAACUUCUGCGACGCGUUUGGCCUCAUGGACGCCGUCAAGCUCGACACCCGGGUCCUGAGGGUCGCCCCCGUGGCGAUGUCGAUGUCGACAACAACGCGCCGGUGGGCGGUGAGGUCCGUGCGGCGCCUCAGUGGCACCGAUGAUGAUGAUGAUGCGGGGAAAGAUGAGGAGGUGUUCGACGCCGUUGUCGUGGCUACAGGCAACUACGCGCAGAGGAUGCUGCCGAGCGACAUCCAGGGCAUGGGGGAAUGGAGGCGCCGGCAGCUGCACAGCCACUCGUACAGGACGCCGGUGCCGUUCCAUGACGAGGCCGUGGUGGUGGUCGGGUGCGGGGCCAGUGGCAAGGACAUCGCGCUAGACCUCGGCCGCGUCGCGAGGGAGGUGCACCUCGCCGCCAGCUCCGAGGCCGAGGCCGCCACGCCGGCAAUGUCGAGGAUGCUGGCCAACCACGGCGACGUCCUGCGCCUCCACCCGCGGGUACGCCAGCUACACACGGACGGGCAGGUAGAGUUCACAGACGGAUCCUCCGUCAUGGCCGACACGGUCAUCUACUGCACGGGUUAUGCCUACUCGUUCCCCUUCCUGGACACCGGCGGCGCGGUCACCGUGAGCGACGACGGCUACGUGGUCGGGCCGCUGUUCGAGCACGUGUUCCCACCGUCCCUGGCGCCGACGCUCUCCUUCGUGGGCGUGCCGAGGAAGGUCCUGAUCCCAUGGUUCUUCGAGGUGCAGGCGCGGUGGGUGGCGCAGGUGCUGUCCGGCCGGCGCACGCUGCCGUCAGAGGACCAGAUGCUGCGGUCAGUGGAGGAGCAGCUGCGCGCCAGGGAGGCCGCCGGCGUGGCGAGGAAGCACACGCACAACAUUGCCAGCGUCGAACCUCGAGAUAUGUACGAGUUCGGGGAGAAGUACUGCGACUUCACCCCGACGGAGGAGUGGAAGAAGGAGCUGAUCCUGUCCAGCAACGCGAGCAUGGAUGAUGACGUCGAGACCUUCCGCGACCGCGCCGCCGACGACAGCGAGAAGGUCCGGAAGGGUGUACAAGGAUGGCUCGGCGGCUUAGUUGCUCAAGCUCAAGAAGAAACUGCUGUUAAAACUGAAGACUCUUUUCAUAGGAUCCUGCUAAUCAUUGAAGUUGAUGAGGGAAAAAUUCAAGUACUGUACUCACUACUUAAAGAGGUUAAUGACUAUGAAAUCGUGAAGGGGAUGGUCGACACGUAA